GCGCUCGUCAGCGACACUCGCGAAGAAGUCGCUCGACCGUGCUGUGUCCGCCUGUGCUCCCCUCGCGCGAGAGCCUGCUGGUUUGCAACAAACAAAUUUUUCGCAUUGACGCGUUCCAAUUGAAUCCCAGAUUGUGAUCGUUCCGCGGCGCGUUUAAUAAAAAUGAGAGCCGCAAUGCAAUGAGCUAAUUGUGUUUGGCACUUGAUGGGGUGCGCGGCCCUGGGGAGUGUGUGAAUUCCGGGAAGAGUCGCAACUCGAGAAGUGAUUUUUCAUCGUCAGGUGUGCAAAGUGCUCCGCUCGGGCAAAUAGAAAAUACAAACCAGGUCCUUACAGUUGUGUCCAGGAAGCCUGCAAUUCGCCGAGCUGUGAGAAGGUUCAGAAAUGACAAAGAGUGGCCGCGGAGUGUUGUGUUUUGUGUGAUAUUUUCUAGUUUCAACUGGGCAUGUGAUUCCGCCGCGAUAGCAGGUGCGCCUUUGACUCUGCCGCUCUGGGUAAAAUGGAAAGUUAUCGAGAAGGCUCGUGAAUUGCCAAAGCUGAUUUUAUCGGGAGAAAAUAGAAUGAUCCGAAAAGACAAAAUGGAUAAUUACAUUAAGGUUUUCCUUUCUUCCUUGUGGAUACAAUGAGAGGCCGACGAAUACCUCUCCCAUUGCCCAAUACAGGGGCGAUGUCACGACGCCGCAAUACUUUUUGUAUCCGGUCAAUACUUAUAGUAUUUCUAGUCCUUUUUAUCGUGCUACAACUCCACGUUUUUAAUUACUCUGAUGGUAGAGACUCUAUAGGAGAUUCUACGAACGAUUCAAAUGCUGCAAUUCUGUCGAUGGUUCCGUCUGUAUUCCAUAAAUUUCUACAACCAAAAACUAGAAAUCAAACCUACGGUAAAUUGAUCUCUUUGAAAAAGGAUGAAUUAUUAAAAACAUUGAAUGUUCCAGUACACAAUAAUACACAAAAUGGUUACACAGAAGUGUAUCAUCCACCAAACAUUACAGAAAUUCGUAGAAUGAUUACACGGUAUAAUUACAAUCAAAUGAUCCUGAACGAGGAUACAUUUGGUCCAUUGCAAAAUGAUUCUGUGAUAAUAGUUAUACAGGUACACACCCGAAUAACAUACCUACGACAUUUGAUAGUAAGCCUGGCACAAGCUAGAGAUAUUGCAAAGACUCUUCUAGUGUUUUCACAUGAUUUUUACGAUGAAGAUAUAAACGAUCUAGUGCAGUCUAUAGAUUUCUGUAAAGUUCUACAGAUUUUCUACCCUUAUUCAAUACAAACGCAUCCGCACGAGUAUCCUGGUGUCGAUCCUGGUGAUUGUCCUAGAGAUAUAAAGAAAGAACAAGCCUUAAGACUUAGGUGUAAUAAUGCCAACUACCCUGAUUUAUAUGGUCAUUAUCGAGAAGCCGCCUUUACCCAAACAAAACAUCAUUGGUGGUGGAAGGCUAAUAGAGUUUUCGAUCAAUUGGAUAUUACAAGAUAUCAUACAGGGCUAGUGUUAUUUCUCGAAGAGGAUCACUACGUAGCGGAAGAUUUUCUAUAUUUGUUGGAAUUGAUGCAAAAACGCUCACUGGAAUUAUGCCCGAAGUGUAAUAUUCUUUCUUUGGGAACUUACCUGAAGACUUUCAACUAUUACACUUACAACAGCAAGAAUAAUAAGAAAGCUUAUUAUGGGCAAAAUGCUGCUGCAAGCGCUUCUAAUGGCAUAUUAGGGAGUAAAACUCAUAGCAAUGCAGAUAAAUAUGAUAGCAGAUACAAAAAUUACUAUAAGUCUUCUAAUAGUAAUAAUAACCAUAACAACAAUCAUAAAAGUUAUUAUAAAGAUCACAUUGCAAAAGCAUUAUCACUAGCAUCAUCUUCUGGUGGUGGUGUUAAAAGUGGCAUGAAAUUUGAAACAAUAACCACCGAAAAGAGUACAGCACAACAAAGCUGGAGUUAUCAUGUUUUACCGUCACUUUACUCAAUAUAUCAAAAGGUUGAGGUUACACCCUGGAUAAGCAGCAAACAUAAUAUGGGAUUUGCCUUCAAUCGAAGCACAUGGAGAGAGAUUCGACAUUGUGCCGAACAUUUUUGUACGUACGAUGACUACAAUUGGGAUUGGUCAUUGCAGCAUGUUUCAUUGCAAUGUUUACACCAUAAGCUUCAUGCUAUGGUGGUGAAAGGUCCUCGAGUUUUCCAUAUUGGAGAGUGCGGCGUUCAUCAUAAGAAGAAAAAUUGCGAAUCGAAUCAAGUUAUAUCGAAAGUACAACAAGUACUCCGUAUUGCAAAAAGUUCAGGUCAGUUAUUUCCACGUAGUUUGACUCUGACAGUUGCUAGCCUAAUUAAGAAAAUGAAGCUACGCAAAGGUAAUGGUGGUUGGGGGGAUAAACGUGAUCACAAUUUAUGUCUUAACAUGACUUUGUCUGUAAGAUAAUUGUCAGCCAUAUGAACAUAUUUAUAUUUUGAGGAGUGGAAAAAAUAUGUUUACUAAUUAGGUAAAAAUGAAAAUGAAUCAGAGAAAAAAAGCACAUAAAGGUGUAGACUUAAUUUUCGUAAACGCAUCUUUGAUUCUACCGUUGAAGUAAUUUUUCGUUUAGUUUAGGCUUGUAAAUGUUAUUUGCCUUUUUCCUAAACGGUGCAGAUGUGGCGAAGUUUUUCUGAGCUAAAUAUAGAGAAAUAUUGCUGCGCAAAUUUUUAGAAUGCAAUAUUAUUAAAUCUAUUGCCAUAAUUGACACACCAACAAUACAUAAAUUUGCUUCUAAAUUAUUGUUUCAACAAAAAAGUUGAAAGUUUAGUCAGUCAGGAGAAAGACAACUAUGUAUAUAGAUAUAAGUUUGUUUAGUUACCGGUAACAAUAGUGCUAGUCACUUUUAGCUUCGUAAGGCAAUAGAUGAAUUGAAAAUCUUAAGAUACUCUUAAGGAUGCUAUUGUACAUAAUAAUAGAGCGUAACGUAAUUGAUACCAAUGUAGAGCAAUUAUUGCUCAAUAAAAUGAUUUAAAUUUAUAAUGUAUAUAUUAGAAGAAUCGGUAAAAAGCAACAAUAUGCGAGUAAGAAAAGAAAAUGGAUAAAUGCAAAUUGUCAGAGCGAUCCACUAACCUAUCCAAUAAACAAGGAUAUUUCAUAAACUAAAAAAAACGACCGCAAAAAUGUAGAAAUAAAUUCAGGAGCCUUUCAAUUGAUUAAACUAAGUAUUUUGAGAGCUAGUUGCCAAAAAAAAAAUAAAUUUUUAUUCCACAUGUUUGACGGUUAUAUCGUCGAUAUAGUAUUUUCAGCUUCUUUGUCGUUGGCCUUUUUCAAUCAUAUGUUUAUUUCUUGGUUGCUCAGCACUUGACAAUGGCUUCUAUUCUAUGCAUGUUUUCUUCGUAAUCGUGAAAUGCUUUUCCCACGUUCAAAAUUAAUUUUUGGACAAGUCCCUGCCCAUAUCUGAAUCUGAGUAAUAAUGAAGACCCAAGUAUAAUUGAUUUGAGGACCAAUGACCAAUUUUUUUUUUAUUUCAUUUUAUGAAACUAAAUACUUCGUAAAAUGAUACAAAAGUAUUAUUCGGCAGAACGCCUUAUUCUAUGUAUAUAUAUAUCUAAGGUUUUCUCUGCUUGUCUGAAAGGUAUCGGCCUAACAUUUAGAAACAAGUACUAUUCCAGUUAAAUUUAUUUUUAUUUCUCAACAUAGUCUUCUUUUAAGUUUACAGUCCCAAUGAUGCUAUAAUUUCUUUAAUUCUUCCAAAUAGUAGGUGCCUCAUUCUGCAAAACAUUUGUUUACGAGAGAGCGCAAAAAAUAGUCACUCUGCGCAGGAUCUCGUGCUUUUGGUAACGGAAACCAUAGUUCAUUAAGUAAUGGUGCAUAGUAUAGUAUUCGCGGCUAUAUACAUGAGGUAACGGAUCAAUUUUACAUAAGGACGCUUUUGCUUUCUUCUUAUGAGGUUUCUCGAUACUGAAAUUCGGUUCCAAUGGUGUAGUUACUGUCGUUACGUAAUCUUGAUGAACUCUUUUUCUUUGACGAAAUUUCAUCCAAAGCAUGAUUAAGCUUCUCCAAGAUUUCUGAUUUCAAGACUAUUUACCCAAUGCUCUUACAAUUUUCCAGCAGAGGAAUUUUCUUACCUUGUAACGAUAAAAUCGAUUACAUAUAUGACAGCUCUUUAUCGGUUUUCUGGAUAAACGUGCAUGGAUCGGCCGUUGAUUUCUCGACAUCGAAUGUUGCCAAUUUUUGUGUUAGUUUCAUCUUCCAGCUUGGCUUGGUUUCCUUCAGGGUGCGUAAUCCUUCUCCCAUUUGAGUUGGCGCCUUCAUGUCCAAACGCUGAGAAAUCGAAACGCUAUAUUGAGAUGAUAAAUCUUAGUCGAAUCGAUUCUAAUAGAGCUACGAAUGUGAAUGUAUUGUCAAACUCUAUGUUUAGUACUUGGGGAAACCCUGGCGUUACAAUUUUGGCUUUAUACCUUUCGAGUGCCCCAUCUCUAGUAAAUUCAUGCUGCAUAAUUAGCCGCCCGACAAAAAUAUUUCCCACAAUCGGAGAAGGCAGCAUCUGCCAUACAUCGUUCUUAAUUAUUGACUUUAAUUCAGAUAUAAUCGCUUUAUUCCAGUUUUCGGCACGGAAAUGGUUCUAUGAAAUUUAUUUGGUUCAGCCUAGCUACAAUCGGAGUUCCCUGGCUCUGCUCGACAGUUUUUCGGAGUCUAUAUACAGAAGUUGAAGUUUCUCCAAUUCCUCUUGUAUAAUGCGAGAGGCUUAGUCUUCGCUGACUUCUCUCGCUCAUUCUUUACGCUUAUUGUAUAUUUUAGUUCAAUUUCUUUUCUUUUUCUAUUUCCUAAAUAAAUUGCAGGGAAAAUUGCCUAAUUAUAGUCCGCUUUUGUUUGCCAGCUCGGUGUUCGCUACGAACCUUUUCUUCCGAAGAACGAACUUGAUAUCCAAGAGAGUUCCAGUUUGAGAACGUGUUUCGAAUUUGUCUUUCAGCGAUUGGAAUAUUUUCAGGUGAUGUAAGUUCGAGAUGCAUUUCUCGUAGAGCAUUCCUCCCUUUAGACUAUCACUCGGACAUCUGUUUCGUAAUUAGUUCGCAGUAUUUACAACUCCGGCCCAUAAGAUUUUCGGAAGUGACGACUCCAUGAUCAGGCAGCGGGCCAUGCCCAAAAGAGCACGGGUUUUUAGGUUCUGCCAACCCAUUUUGCUGAAUCAUAUUGAAAUAAUAAAAACUUGUUGUUUCUUUUUCGUUGGUGUGGAUAUUUAUUCUUGCAAAUACCGAUAUUUCGGGAACCACUUGUUCCCUUCAUCAGUGCUAACAAGUUACACUGAGUACUACAUUGACUGAUAAUGGUGUAAAUACUCCCACUACUGGAACUUCUGAUGCGAUUUCGCCACCAGUUAUCCAGCGAUCACCUUCGAUAGGCACAAAUGCUGUCUUCCAUGACACUGGAUCAUGACCAACGAUCAUGAGUUUAAUUUUCUAUACUUUCCCGGUCAUCCUUAAAUUGAUCCAAAUAAGUACUCGAUUUUGGGAAAGUGUAGCGUCCCCAAACUGUCUUAAAAUCGCCAGUUCAAAAAUUUAUAAUAAUACCUUCGUAGCAACACUAUUAGUUCUGUCAUCACUUCAUGUUUUCAACUAUGUUUUAAUGGCGGUGAUUCUCAACAGAUAAAUUCAUUUUGUGUUUUAUCUGUUUGUUUUUUGUUAUUACCUUCUUAAUAUUAUCUUUUCUAAGAUUCUUCAAUAAUUCAUUUACCUUAUUCACUUCCAUCUUUCAACAAGUUCGAUUCCUGCGCCAUAGCUUUGGCUGCAUGUGGCACAGAAAAUAUAAUAUAUAGUCUUCAUUUCGAAUCCCUUAUCGUGCAAAAAUUGGGCGGAUCGAUGAUGUAGCAGCCCAAAUUAAGCCUUGGCAUCCAGUAUGAUGUGACUCUAGUUGUCUCAGUCUGACGACCGCGUCCUUCAGUUUAAACACUUUAACGAAUUAUUUUCUGUACCAUUCAUUCUAUUAUUGAUGAUUGUAAUUUCAUGGGGUAUAUCUUGUACGUUGACUUAUGUUACUAUUACUCUGCGCCUCCGUUUAUUGAUCCCGGUUGACUUCAUGAAAUACAAUGUUCGAACAGUUCGGUAUUUCGUUCGGAGUUUUACAGCAGGGUCCUCGUCACGUAUACCUAUAUGAGAACGAAGGUGCUUACUUUCUCUGUGCCCAUCUUUAGGAGCACUCAAUAAUAUGCUUUAUUUGCCAAGUAUUUGCCGCGCCACUUGAUCUUACGCUUUUCGCUUUGCUGCACACCAAUUUAAGGAUAAAUUCAUGUUGACUAGGUUCAAGGCCACAUUGCAAUAUUUUGUCUAGUUUCUUGGUUCUUGUUUGAGUGAUAUAUUUUGUUUUGUCUUUAUUGAGUUCAGCUAUUGUAAAUUCCAGGCCUAAGCCCUAUGACGUCAGAUAUGAAAUGUGCCAUAGUAUUUAUAUCUUCAGUAUCCGUCAAUAUUUCAGUUAGCUUAAACAAUAGCGUUCCUGCGGUAUGGUUGGCUGUUUCCCUGACAAAAUGCUCCAAAGCUAGUUUUGAAACUAUGGGGGGAAUAUCAUCUCCUCCUUUUGUUUUGAAUAUCUGUUCCAUUUCGUUUGGAUUCUAACUUGAGGUUUGGGUCACUUCUCCAGUAGCUCCUUAACUGAUAAUAUUUAGUUCACUGUAAGUCGUCUGGCACUGAAUUCACCUUGGUAUUCUGCUACAAUUUUGUUGGUGAUUGGACUUAAGUCGGUUUUCAAUAAUUUUUAUCAAGAUUUUUUAAGUUUACUAGGUGUUAUUUUCCCCCUUAUGUAUAAUUCAUAGCACGCGAUGGAUACGAAUUAAAUUUAUGUUAAAAACCGCCUUAGAGUUCAGGCCUAAGCCGGCCAAAGCUGAUUUAAUUUUUUUAAUUUUUUUAAUUUUUUAAGGAUAUGAGGGAGCCCUGUGCCCGGACCGGACUUUGUGUCUUUCCAGACACUUUUUUCUUGGUUUAUGGUCCACAGACCCCUCUGUUCUGGGCUAGAACCCAAAUUCGAAAAAUAUAGACGACUUGCGGUUUCGUCCAGGACCGAGGUAACUAAUCAAACGCUGCCUCUGCCAUGGAAGCAGCGAAGUGGUUACUAGGUGCUGUUUGCUCACUUAUAUAUAAAUUUAUAACACGCCAUGGAUAUGGAUUAUAUAUAGUAGUAGUAACUUUUUCUGGUUUAGUUUUUGGGUGCAUCUCCCUGAUAUUAAGUAUUCCGGCAGCUUUGUUUGGUUUUUGUUGGUGUAGGGUUGCCUCUAUUUCUCUGAGAGAGGGCACAAUUGGGGAUGCCUACUCUUUGCUUGCUUUCUUAGGAUAUAUGCCGAAUAUAUUGCUAUUGGGGCUAGAUUGAACAGUUUUCUCCUCGUCCUAACAGAGGGUGGUGUGCAACUUAUAAGCGUAGCCAAUCCUUUUCAAAUAAUUUUACAAUUAAAUAUUCUGCUUUUGGCAUGUUCUAUUAGCCAAAAGUCUUAGCAGAUCCCUGAUCGAACUUUGUAAAGCUUGGUAGGCUUUUACUAUUUGCUAAUUUACCUAUAACUGAUGGCCCUUUACGACUUUGUAAUUAUCGUUUAUUUUUUAAUGUUUAGGCUUAGACUCUCCGUCGGUAGUGCAAAUUUUAUGCAUUGAAAUGCGUGAAAGUUACAGUCCAGAAGCAAUAUUUUUUUGUUCGGUGUAUGAAUGAAUGAAACCUUUUUCUUCAAAGCCAUAAGUGGAUCGUUUCAUUAGGGAAUAUUAUUGUACAUAAAUAGGAUACACGUCCCUACCCCUAUAUCCGGUCUAGCUUUUUCUACGCUCUUUCUUGUAUUUACGCAUUCUUGUGAUAAAUUUUCGCUUUAGCAUUGUACAAUUUCCUGUUCAAAUGAACAUUUAAAAGACUUCUUUCCUAAAUAUAUUUUACGCUCGUAAUUCUUCUAUUUUCGUUGGCAAAAAUUUUUCACUUCGAUUAACUCAAAAUACUAAGUACUUAUUAGAGUCGCAAAAAAUGAUGUAACAUUCAGCAUUUGUUGAAUAAAAUGUUAUAAAUGUUCCUAGAUUCCAUAAUAAAAAGCGUAUGACAUUCGCAUACGAAUAUGUCCAUUUACAGGUAGUAGACAUUUUCUCAUUUGAGGUACCACACACCACAUACUCGACAAUAAACGAAACAAAACCUUAAUAACAAAAAAAAGAAGAAACGUAUGUUUAUGUUCUUCUUUUUAAUUAGAAAAAUAUUUGACAUGCUUUUAUAUGUAUAUGGUAUUGAAAACUAAUUGUGGAGUUUUUCUGUUUCUUACUCAUAUCUAAACGCUGAAUAGUGAAAUAUUUAGGAAAGUGAACGCACAUCUUUUACAAAAUGGACUCAAACCAUUGAAUUGAUAGUGAAUUAUGCAAAAUGUUGUACAGCAUUUUGUGAUUACUGAGAUACUUCAGGAACUAGGUCUCAUUUAAAUUUUUCUGCAUCAUAAAGUUGCUCUUCCUUCACUCUCUAGUCUGAAAAAUCUAAUUAAAAACAAAAAAUGCUAUGGGACACUUUGCAUAUUACAAACUUAACUAGUGAUAGUUUUCGUUGAUAUAAUUCCCAACAUCAAAGCUGAAGGAAUGAAAAGAUUAGCUCUAAUUUAAAUGAAAUAUUGAAAAUUAGAAGGAAACACUAUUAUGUAUAUUCAAACUGUGAAGAGAAUGUCUAUAUACAUGAUACACAAAAAAUAUUAAAAAUGGUGAAACUAUUAAAAAUAAACAUGAAUAUCUUGUAACAAAGAUACUACGAAGAAUGCUGUAAUUGAAAUCGCAUCAUGUGAAUUUUAAAUUCAGAAUAAUACCAAAAAAUAUGAUAAAAUUGUGCUAAAUCAAGAAAAUUGAUUGAAUUACUUAAAACCAAAAUACAUUAAUCUAUACUUUGUAACUUUUUUUCUUUUUAUUUGAAUACAGAAAUGUAUUGUUUUCAUUUUUCAAUUAAUAACUAUUUCUUAGAAUCUAAUUUAAGGCAGUCCACCACUGAUAGUUUUAAUUUCAUAUUCAUUUGACAGUUUAUAUGGAUUAGUCUAGUCUAGUCAAAAGUAAAUUUGAUAUGGAUAUAGUACAUUUAUUUUCAAAAACAUUAAAAAACAUUUUAAUAAAGCUGAUUAAAUCUAAA